UUACCAGCCAAAAACUGUGCUGAACUUUACAAAUCCGGUGAAAGGAUCAGUGGUGUUUACACAAUCGACCCAGAUGGUUCAGGUGCCUUCAAUGUAUAUUGUGACCAUAUGACAGCUGGUGGGGGAUGGACAGUGAUCCAGAAGAGAAUGGAUGGCUCUGUUGAUUUUAACCGCACCUGGGAUGACUACAAAUAUGGCUUCGGUUACUUUAUCGGUGAAUUUUGGCUCGGACUGGACAAAAUAAACCGCCUGACCCGAAACAAGACAAACAACAAGCUUCGAAUAGAUCUGGGAGUAAAAACUGGCACAAUUGCUCACGCUGAGUAUGGCUGGUUUGGGAUUGGGAACGAAAUGGCUAAGUACCGGCUGUACAUUGGCGAUAAGACUGGUUAGUAAACCAUUCUUUAAUUUUCAUUGUUUGGAUUUAUCUUUAAUUUUCCUCAUCCGUUAAGAACCCCCUCGCCCUCUGUCCCCUCCCUUCCACAUGGAACAUAACAAUAACUGUUUGUUCCUCUAACCGUCUGACUAUUCCGCUCACGCGAGGUUGAGUCCAAGCUUCUUUGUUGAAAAGGGUAGUUUACUUUGGAGUCUGCAGUUCAAUGAUCAAACAGUUACUGAAGUCAGCUCUAGAAAUAUAUCAUAGUUUGUUUAACUAUCCGACUUGCGCACUUUUAAUUUAGCCACCUCGUCGAAUAAUAGUUAAUCAGUUGAAAGUUCAUGACUUAUAUGCUAAGAGAUGUCUAUUUAACCGAAGUAGCAUGUAGCUACUGCAUAAAUUGAGUCUUAUUCUGCUGGUUUUUUGUUUGCUUUGUUGUUGUUGUUGUUGUUUUUUUUGUUUUGUUUUGUCUGUUUGUUCGUUUGUUUGUUUUGUCACAGACAUCAAGCUUGACGCUUCGAAGGCGUCAGCAUGAUCCCAAUGCUGAUUCUUUUCUUCUUUUUUUUUGUUUUGAAACAGAUGAGACUGUGACCUCUGAUUCCUUCGGUCUUCACAGGAAUUUCGCUUUUGGUACCUGGGAUAGAUAUCCUCAUGAUUGUGAUGAAAAGAGAGGCGGAGGCUGGUGGUAUAGCGAUAGUAAUUGUGGUGUUUGGUCAAAUCUCAACGGGAUUUACUUUGAUAAUAAAUAUUCGCGCGCAAUCUUCUGGGCUAAUUUGAGUGCCGCACCAGAGGAAAGCAUUCCCAAAUCAGCAGAAAUGAAAAUAAGAUCAGUCGACUUCUAUUCUUCUUUUUCAUGGUAUAUUGACUGA